CAGCGACCUCGGAUGGUGCUGGAUCGCGACGGUAUUCUAACGCAUUGUCAGCGUUGCAGCGUCUCGCUUUUGAGUUUGCAGUUACCGGUUCAUCCUCCGAAGAGCAAUGCGUGAGUGCAUCUCUAUCCACGUGGGUCAGGCUGGUGUCCAGAUUGGCAAUGCCUGCUGGGAGCUCUACUGUCUUGAACACGGUAUCCAGCCGGAUGGGCAGAUGCCCAGUGACAAGACCAUCGGAGGAGGAGACGAUUCUUUCAACACCUUCUUCAGCGAGACCGGCGCUGGAAAGCACGUCCCUAGGGCUGUGUUUGUGGAUCUGGAGCCCACUGUUAUAGAUGAGGUCCGUACUGGAACUUACCGUCAGCUGUUUCACCCAGAGCAGCUCAUUACAGGAAAGGAGGAUGCUGCCAACAACUACGCCCGUGGUCAUUACACCAUUGGCAAGGAAAUUAUUGAUCUGGUGUUGGAUAGGAUCCGCAAACUGGCUGACCAGUGCACAGGCCUCCAGGGUUUCCUGGUCUUCCACAGCUUUGGUGGUGGCACCGGUUCUGGUUUCACUUCCUUGCUGAUGGAGCGCCUGUCUGUUGACUAUGGCAAGAAGUCCAAGUUGGAGUUCUCCAUCUACCCAGCUCCCCAGGUGUCUACUGCUGUGGUGGAGCCCUACAACUCCAUCCUAACCACCCACACCACCCUAGAGCACUCUGACUGUGCCUUCAUGGUGGACAAUGAGGCCAUCUAUGAUAUCUGCCGUAGGAACCUUGACAUUGAGCGCCCCACAUACACUAACCUCAACAGGCUUAUUAGUCAGAUUGUGUCCUCCAUCACUGCCUCCCUCCGAUUUGAUGGUGCCCUCAAUGUUGAUCUGACUGAAUUCCAGACCAACUUGGUGCCCUAUCCCCGUAUCCAUUUCCCCCUGGCUACCUACGCCCCAGUGAUCUCAGCAGAGAAGGCUUACCAUGAGCAGCUCUCUGUGGCUGAAAUCACCAAUGCUUGCUUUGAGCCAGCCAAUCAGAUGGUGAAAUGCGAUCCACGUCACGGCAAGUACAUGGCUUGCUGCCUGUUGUACCGUGGUGACGUGGUGCCCAAAGACGUGAACGCCGCUAUUGCCACCAUCAAGACCAAGCGCACCAUCCAGUUUGUGGACUGGUGCCCCACUGGUUUCAAGGUGGGCAUCAACUACCAGCCCCCCACUGUGGUUCCAGGUGGAGACCUGGCCAAGGUGCAGAGGGCCGUGUGCAUGCUGAGCAACACAACAGCCAUUGCUGAGGCCUGGGCUCGUCUGGAUCACAAGUUUGAUCUGAUGUACGCCAAGCGUGCCUUUGUGCACUGGUAUGUGGGUGAGGGUAUGGAGGAGGGAGAGUUCUCCGAGGCCAGGGAGGACAUGGCUGCUCUGGAGAAGGAUUAUGAAGAGGUUGGUGUUGACUCCAUCGAGGGUGAAGGAGAGGAAGAGGGAGAGGAGUACUAAAUCGCUCAGUGUAAAAAAAAAACAAAGGGAAAUUAAAUGGUAGACCAUUAUUUACACGCGAUAUUCCUCAAGUAUCAAGCGUAAAAUCUACUAGAAAAUGUGAGCAGUGUAGUAUUGUUGGUAAUCAGUAUAUUUGUCUUUGCUAUUUGCCAGUGGAAGAUUUGCAAGUGUAACUGAAUAAAUUGAUUCACACAGAUGGGUAAAA